UACAUAUUCUGUGGUAUUGUGCCUGCUAAUCCCACCAAGCAGCACAUCAGACAGCACUGCAGGACAAAAGUGCCAAAUCCCAGAGAGCUGGUCCAGAGAGUGGAAGAAGUGCUUCAACAUUUCCACCUUGCUAAGGAUCCCAACAACAUCUUCCUUUUUAAACCCUCCAAUGCUAAAGGUGUGGUGGAUUCAGCGUGUACACAUCCUUAAAGGCUGCCUGAGUGACCCUGAGGUGGAGGAAGGAAUCCUCUACAGACACGGGGGAACCUUACAGCUCAAUCAUGUAAAGGGUGAUGGAGCUGCUGUUCCCAUUUGGAUCCCUGUCAGAGGCACCUCACAGCAGGAGGGGUUUCAUUUCCACCAGGCCCAGUGGGUAACAGGCAAUCGUGUCUCUCCUGAGCUGUUCCAGGCACAGGGAAUGACUGGGGUGGCACACUGGAAUUAUCAGCGGCUGGUGGACCUGAAGCAGCCUGGGGUCAUCCUACCAGCAGUGUUUGACCCUGUGUUAAUGAUGAAUUUAAACAGUGCCUCUGUGAGCGUGACAGGACAGCCCAAAUAUCCAGCCUUGCAUAUAUCCAGCAGGGACACAGGAGAGCGGUUUGGCCUACGGUAUGUGGAGCCAGGCUGUCGACCAGUGCCUCUUGACUUUGCCAAGCAUAAGUGCAGGAAGUCAGCCUUCGGAGAUGUGGAGAUUCCAGAAGAGUCUUCAUCUAGCUUUGAAUCCUCAAUUCCAUCUAAGGUACUCCUUUACACUUUGUUUUUAUUUGAUAAUGGACAAAAAGAUUUGUAUUACUUCAUAAUUGAUUGUUUUUCUCACUUGCAUACACUCAUUUUGCUCAAUUUCAGGAAUGGUUGGACGAUUCCUCUUCUGCUGAGACCCCUCUUGCUGCAGAACCAGAGGCCAGCCCACAGACUGUCAUCUUUCAUCAGUUUUCCAGUCCAAGUCCUGUGACAGUAAAGGAACAAAAGUCUGACGAAUUUCUGUUGGAUGCAGACCUGCUGAGCACACCACCACUGCCUAUGGUUGCUUCUCCCCGUGCAGCUCGCAUUGGACCCAUAAAGACAGGUCGAGUCUUUGUGUUGGACCACAACAGAUGGACGGAUCCAGUGAGAAAGGCCAUUGAUGGUCUCCUGGCCAAGCACCACGGGAGCAAGGAUCUCCUUAAAAGGGUGAAUGCUGAUUAUGCUGCUAUGGUACAGAGUGCCUGCACUGACCCCAACAGCCUUCUGCACUCAACCACAAAACAACACAUAAACAAUUACAUAAAACACCUUGCUAAAAAAACAACAACACAAAUGUCUCUCUCAACACCAGCCCAGAAAAGCUCCUGGAGACACAACAGUUAUGGCAUCGUCUUAACUCAUGCAGUGAAACCAUCAGUGUCCCACUGACGAUACU